GUUGGAUUAAGUUCGCUAGAUGGAUGAGAUGGAUAGGAAUGAUGGUUAUCAUCACGUGAUGUUAUAUUUUUGGUAUAAAAGGCGGGAGUCACCACCUACCUACCUAUAUCUACAGCCCGUGAGUCGGCCAGUGCUGUAUAUAUAUAUACAUGCGUGUAUGCAAUGGCCCCCUCAAAUCCCCAACAAGAAGAAGAGAGUUUGACUUCUCUCGGGGAAAGAAUCGCCCGACUCGUACACGCUCAUUUCGAUCGUCUGCCACCACGCAGUAAACCGAUUCUUCGGGAUGAUGGGACGAGGGAGUGGAUGCCGAUGUGUGGGGUUGUGGUUGUGAGGGAGGGGGGUGGUUUAUCUGAUGGAGAAGAAGAGGAAUUGACAUGUGUGGCUGUGACAUCCGGCGCAAAAUGUCUCCCCAGCUCUCAACUCCCCAACUGCACCGGUCUUGUUCUCCAUGAUUGGCACGCUGAGAUCCUGGCCCUUCGUGCGUUCAAUCAUUGGUUGUUGAGUGAGGUGAGAAGUAUACUCACCUCCCCAUCUUCAUCAUCAUCCUCUUCUGGACCAAGCUCAGAGUCAAAAUCAACACCAUCAAAAUUCAUUCAGCGUCGCACUACCACCUCCAACACUGAAAAUGGAAAUAUGAUACCAUUCGAACUCAACCCCACCCUAAAAAUCUACCUCUACUGCACCACCGCCCCCUGCGGCGACGCAAGCAUGGAACUCACCAUGGCGGCACAAGACGAUCCCACGCCUUGGGAGAUCCUUCCCUCUUCUUCUUCAACCACCCCCACCGAAACCAAAGAACUAGAUCUCUUAACAGGAAGAGGCCACUUCUCCCGCCUCGGCAUCGUCCGCCGCAAGCCCGCCCGCGCCGACGCCCCCUCCACACUCAGCAAGUCGUGUUCGGAUAAACUUGCCUUGCGGCAGGUCUCAUCCCUCAUUAGUGCCGAGAUGGGCUUAUUGGUGAAUGUCACGCCCAAUGUGUAUCUGGCGGGGGUGGUUAUGCCUGCUAGUGAGGUGAGUGCGGUAGGGUGUGAGAGGGCGUUUGGUUCUUCGGGGAGAAUGGCGCCUCUUAUCCACUCUCGGUCUCAAUCUCAAUAUCAAGGUGAAGGUGGGGACCGGUAUCACUACCACCCAUUUAGUAUCCUCCCCGUCGAGGAUAAGAUAGUAAACGGGCUCUGGCAAUACGGGAAACCGACUUCUCGAACGGAUAGGUGUAAACCGGGUACGAUCUCUGCUGUUUGGACUGCUGCACCUUCGUUACUCUCUUCCUCAUCUUCUGGUGGUGGUGGGGAUGGGAUUGGGGAUGUAUAUGCUGCUCAGAACGGAGCAAAGCAGCUCCCUAAGCUCUACGGCUCACAGACAGGAUUGUAUGAAACUAUCAUCAAUGGUAUGAAGCAGGGGUUUAAGGCUUCGGCGCCGGUGGGGAAGGGGGCUUCGGCGUUGUCGAGGGCGAGGAUGUGGGGGGGGUUGAGGGAUCUUGCUCUUUCUGUUUCUUUGUUGGGGUCGUGUGAGGGGAGUGGGGAUGGGGAUGAGACGGGGGAAGUAGAGGAGUGGGUGAACCAAGUGAAUAAAGUAGCUGCGGCAUCAUCAUAUGCCGAGUUUAAGAGAGCGAUGUUGGGAACCCCCGCGGGUAGGGCACGGCAACGGGCUAUCUCAGAGGCAAAGAAAGUGCUUGUGCCGUGGGUGCCGAAUGAAGGGGAUGAUGAGUGGGGGUUGGAUGUGUUGACGAUUGAUAACAAGGGUAAGAAGAGGAAGAGGUGAUAUUAUAUAGAC